AUGACUUGGCUGUUCCUGUUCUGGACUAUUGCCCUCAAUCUCCAGUUGACCAAUGCCAGACAUGUUUCCUUUGCACCUGGAGACAGCUGCAGGGUGUGGGCUGAAGAAGGAGCCCGAGCUACGCUGCCCUGUGACCUGAGUCCUCAGAAGUUGGCCAGCAGCAGAAGGCAGCUGUACAAAGGACUGUCUGUUCACUGGGUACGGCAUGAAGGCAGCUCCUACAAGAAGCGCCGCAUGGUGCUAAAGGUGGAGCCCAGUGGACUCAAGAAACUGGCCCGUUCCGUGAUGCACCGAGCAACGGUCUGGGACACCGGCUUUCUCAGCGGCAAUUUUUCACUCCAGAUUGAGCCGCUGCUGAAAGACGAUGCUGGGACCUAUGAGGCGUGGGUGAAAUUUGGCAGCGAGGUGUGGCGCUGCCAGUUGGAGCUUGGUGUGGUGUCAGUGACUGCUAACCCUCCUGGUCCCCUGGUUGAGUCUGAAGCUAUCAGGCUGACCUGUAACUCCACACGUCCAGAAACCCCCACAGAAACGAACUGGGUCCAUGCAGGUCUCCUCAUCCCCAACUCUGGUCGCUUUUCCUCUCUGGAUCAAUCUCUGUUUAUCUCCCGGUCGGUCAAGAGCGACUCUGGGCCCUGGGCCUGUGAACUCAUCUUUGCAGAUGGAGAGAGAAUUUCGGCUACAUACAACCUACAAGUGAUAGGAUUUGCUGAGCCAACCAUUUCCGUAGUCUAUGCUGCAGCAGGAUCUAACACUUACCUGCCCUGUGUCCUGAACCACGGUCCCAUUUCAAGGUUGGCUGUCCAUUGGAGCUACAUGACAAGGAGAAAAUCAAAGGCAAAGCUGACCCCCACUCGCGGAAACAGUAGGGAUUUCACCCUCCAUCUCCCUGCAGUGGUACCUGAUGAUGCAGGCCAGUACCUCUGUGAGAUCUCCAUCCGAAGUACCACCAUCACUAAGAAUGUCACGCUGGCAGUAAUGACAGUCACUCAAGCAGUCACGGAGGAAUCUCACUUGCUGCUCAUCUGCAACCUCAGUUACCACACAGGAAAUGAGCAUUUUCAGUGGAAGCACUUGGGUCUGAUGCCCACAAACAGGCCUUGGCCUGAGGUGACUUCCAGGAGUUUUGCGGGCUUGAGCCAGGGCUCGACCCUGGAGUUCUCUCAGGUGUUGCCUAACGAUGCAGGUACCUGGGAAUGCAGUGUCCAUGGCCCAAAUGGGAUGCUGGGAUCUGUGCAGCAUCACUUGAAAACCAGACGACCUUCUGGAACCAGUGCCCAGAUUGCCAGUUUGCAACCCGCAAAAACUGAGAAGAUCAUUUUUGGACUGAUCAUUUUCCUUCUUGUUCUUGUGGUCUCUGUCUUUGUUUUCAUCCGUCUGAGAAAAAAGAUAUCCCCAACAAACUUCCCAGCCCUGGAUAGGAUGGUAGCUGCUGCUUUGCCAGGAAAAGGAAUAAAGGAUGGAGUCCAGGAGGAGAAGGCCCUCCAGACGGAAUGCUGA